AUGCCCAAGCCGGGCGAGGGCGCGACGCGCACUGUUACGCUACUCCCGGGAGACGGAGCCGGACCGCUGUGCACGAACGCGGUGGAGCAAGUGUUUAAAGCCAUCCACGCGCCCGUGGUGUUCGAGACGUACGAUCUCAAGGGCACCAUGCUCACCGUGCCCAAUGAGGUCCUCGACUCGCUCCGCCGAAACAAGGUGGGGAUCAAGGGAGGCGUGCGAACGGCCGUCGCAGGCGGAGUCAGCUCGCUGACGGUGCAGCUGCGAAAGGAGUUCGAUCUUUUCGCGCAUCUCGCCUACUGCAGUAACUUCCCGGGGCUGAAGACGCGGCACGACAACGUGAACAUCGUGGUGAUCCGCGAGAACACGGAGGGCGAGUACAGCGGGCUCGAGCACGAGGUCACCCCCGGGGUCGUCGAGAGCCUCAAGGUGAUUACCAAGUUCUGCUCGGAACGCAUCGCGAAAUACGCGUUCGAGUACGCGUAUCUGAACAACCGCAAGACGGUGACGGCGGUGCACAAGGCGAACAUCAUGAAGCUCGCGGACGGGCAGUUCCUGGAGUCGUGCCGUGAGGUGUCCAAGGCGUACCCGCAGAUCAACUACAACGAAGUUAUUAUUGAUAACUGCUGCAUGCAGCUCGUUUCCAAGCCCGAACAGUUCGAUGUCAUGGUGACUCCCAAUCUCUAUGGCACGCUCAUCUCAAACACAGCUGCAGGCAUCGCUGGGGGCACCACUGUCAUGCCCGGAGGGAAUGUGGGCUAUGAGCAUGCCAUCUUCGAGCAAGGGGCAUCGGCAGGCAACGUGGGGAACGACAUCAUCAACGCGCAGAAGAAAGCGAAUCCAACGGCUCUCCUUCUCUCGGCAGCCAUGAUGCUGCGGCAUCUGCAGUUCCCGUCAUUCGCCGACCGGUUGGAGCAUGCGAUCUACGGAGUGAUUGCUGAGGGACUCUACGAUUUGUCCGUCACAACCUAUUCGCCUGAUGGCCGAAUCUUUCAGAUCGAGUACGCUGGAAAGGCGGUUGACAAUAGCGGGUGCAAGGACGGCGUUGUGAUGGUGCAGGUGCAGGGCAGAAAAUGGACGCACUUGAUGCCUCUCUGCCUCCCUCGCACUGCCACGGUGUUGCCUUGCUUCCGUUUUCUUUCCCUCGCACACCUACUGGGCGUGGAGAAGCUGCUGAUGUCCAAGAUGCAGGGCGUGGAGAUGCUACUGGUAUCCAAGGCGCAGGGUGUGGAGAAGCUGCUGGUAUCGAAGAUGCAGGUGCAGGGCAGCAACCGGCGAAUCCACAUAGUGGACAAGCACGCUGGCAUCGCUGUGGCAGGGCUCGUGGCGGAUGGCCGCCAGGUGGUCAACCGCGCCCGCAACGAGGCUGUCAACUACAAGAGUUUCUUUGCGCAUAUGAUCCCACUCAAGGUGCUGGCAGAUCGCAUGGCAAGCUACGCGCACUACUUCACGCUCUACUGGUGGACGCGCCCCCUCGGCUCCUCCGUGCUGCUUGCUGGUUAUGACCGCGACGGGCCGCAGCUCUACUGCAUUGAGCCCUCAGGCGUCACUUAUCGGUAUCACGGCACUGCAGUGGGCAAGGGAAGGCAAGCUGCAAAGACCGAGAUAGAGAAGCUCAAGCUAUCCGAGAUGACGUGUCGAGAGGGGGUGAACGCUGUUGCCAAGAUCAUCGUUGGAGUGCAUGACGAGGCCAAGGACAAGGCGUUUGAGCUGGAGAUGGGGUGGUGCUGCGAGGAGUCCAACCGGCAAUUCCAGAGAGUCCCGGAUGACAUAGUGAAAGCAGCGAGGGAUGCAGCAGAGGCAGCCAUGGAUGAGGACAUGGAUGACUGA